AAUUAAAUCAUAUCACAAUGUUCUAUAUAUUCUGUGCGCAUAUGUACAUAGAGUAUGCUAUAAAACUCUGGGCGAUCAAGAUUGUUGCGUGCACAAUUAAAAAAAGAAAACACCAUUUAAUAGAAAUGUGGUCUAGAUUUGAGGGGCGGCUAUUGCAGCUAUGCGUGCUAUAUAAGGUGCAACAAGUUUCUUGAUAAGGCACAGUUUUUCUUGGAGUUAUUGACGUAUGUGGAGUGAGUUCGGUGUUCGGAGUUUUUUAUGCAGAAGAUUAAUAUUAUGUCGGGAACUAAGUCAUAUUGUUUAGCUGUUACUGUUUUGGUAUUAUGUGGAUUAAUGCAGGAAGUGUGAGCUGGAGGUAUGUUGAAUAUUUUUUUUCUGUUUUAACUAGUUAUUUACCGAGAACUAUUUUUUUUUCUAAUAUUUUGUUUAAAACUAGUAACCGUUGUUAUUGUAAAAAAUACAGGAAAUAAUCUGGUUUAAUUGGAAAGCCGAAGUGUUGAGCCUUCAUUGAAGUUCAUGACUUAUAGAAGUACAUUCAGUGAAGAUAAUUCAAAAAGUCGCCUUGCUGGCAAAAGUCUUGGAUUGUACUUUUACCAAUACAGUUUGUUCGGAGAUUCCAAAUUCGAAAGAACUAUAAAAAUUUAUUUUUGGUUGUUUGUGUUUCCGACAGGGUAUGAUGUAUUGUGGAACGUUUUUCCAUCAUCCCUUGUCAAAUUUGGUUUGGAGACAAACCGGUUUCAUGGAACGAAAAAUGAAACUGAAGUUGGCACAACCCGAAACCGGACAAGGGAUGACGGAAAAUCGUUCCACAAUACAACUAUAAAAAUCCUUAACAACGUUUUGCCUCGGAAUCUUAUCAUACUUGGGUUUUGGCAGCAUGCAAAUUUAUCAAACGCCGACUUGGAUUCAAUUACCCAAUGCAAAUUAAAGUGGAAAUUAGAACGUCCCUGAGGAUACUAUAUUUCUGGCAGCUUUUAUUUUAGUUAUAUUGGAGCCCCUCAGCCAGAGGAUGAAGAUUUGUGCAUAGUGACGAUAUUUCGAUGCUGUGGUUCGCCAAAGGAGACUGAAGACCUGAGGUCGAAAGCAAGCAGCUACCUCUCCGAUCUAGCUCGCUUUUUCACUGUAAAGUUACCUUGAUUAAUAUCAGGACAAAAGGGGUAGAGCUGUCAAAGGAACCCACACGAAUUGCACAGUUUCUGACGGUUAAAAAUCUCGUGUCACCUUUAAGAGUUGCCCCCUUUUGCCGCACCAAAACAAAGUCUUCAAAUCGCUCUUACGCAGUACUCGGAUGAAAAAACGUUGUUGAGAAUAUGCGAGUCUAUUGGUGGAGAGGUUUUAAGUUGCGCUGUGAUUUUGUGGUUAUCCUGAACUAAUAAGACGCAAUGAACGAAGACACAGGGGUUCAUAAAACAACCUCUGGACCCGACAGCAUACCGACAGGCCAUAAACGGCAUUCACAGGGAGUCGGUCUCAACUUACAUCGAUUCCCAAACUAUCGCCGACGAUAGCACAAUUUCGCUGUGGAUAUUGCAGAAAUCUUAACUCUUAUCUGAUCAGAGUGAACUCAUUUGUGCCCGACGAGUGCCCGCCAUGCGGAGUGUCGUGAAAUGACUCACUUCCUUCUUCACUCACUUCACAGCGAGGAAGGGCUCGGAACUGAUAGGAAUGUUAGCUGCAGUCUCGUUUCCAAUGCUGUUCGCUAUCUUAUUUCACACUAUUCGUUACAAAUUCUCCGGUAAUUUCCAGAUAAAUUGAACUCCGCGCGCAGACUAAUUACAUAGCCAUCCGCCUACCUUGUUUAUUAUGGAGUAAGCCUCUCUUUAAAAAUCAUGGUUUUACUCAUGUCUCUACGAAAUAGAGCUAGAUGUAGCGCAGGCCCCAGCUUUAACUUUGCGUUACCAUAUCCUUCUCCACCAAAACUUAGUACAGCUCAUUUUGCGUUUUGCUCUAUGGUUAGGCGAAGAGGCUUAAGUUCGAGGAUGGUCGGCAAACAUAUGUAGUUUUUGAAUCGCACCCUCGUUUUACGUGGCUACUGCUAUACUUGGAUCUUAGGGAUGCAACCACAGGGCUCACCUGCCAGACGCUUGGGCACCAUUCGGACUCUCGAAGCUAAGAAGAAAGUCGAGUGCAAAUGUUUCCUCCAGGUUUAAGGUACUUCACUAAGCACGACCCUCUAAAGAGUUAUGUCCCUCAUGCCGGUUAGACUCUUUUUUUUAGUAAAUAAAAUAAUGUUUUGAGUAAUUUCUGCUCGGUUACCUCAGUAGGGUACAUUUGACCACCAGAAGAUAUAUUCGAUAACUCAUGGACGAGAUCCAAUACUUCGUAAAUACCGCUACCAAAGUUCAUCCACCACCCAACUAGUAUACAAGACGCUUACCAUCUCCUACCUAGCUACAGAAGUAAGCAGUUUGAACCUCCGAUUUUAUUUGGUCUAUAGGCUUUUAAAUAUAUACUCCCAAAUCUGGAGGAAGAGUGUUCAUGAGAACCGUUCGGCUUUGUGUGUGAGAAUCCAAAAGUUCCUAGCGCCAGGCUUUGAUUAAGAGUGUUUGGGUUCCAGAGCUAAGCCUAUUAUGGUUCGUUUGAGAACUUCCAGCAGUAAAGCCAUGCCAUUUUUCCAACAAUCUUGGAUUUCAAAUUAUUAACCCCCGUCUCUUUUCAUGUUAUUCCUUGCAGCAUGCAUCAUUCCACAGCCACUGAGGGGACAAAAAGUGAAUACGGCGCGUAUGGACGAAGCAGCCUUACCCUCCGAUGUUAUCUUACCGCGGCCACGCCUUGAUGGACGCAUUGUUGGUGGCUACAAACCUCGCUGGGUACUAACGGCCGCUCAUUGUACUGCCGGAAAAACCGCCGAAAAACUAAAGGUACGCAUCGGUUCUUCGGAAGCUUCUAGCGGCGGACAAUUGCUGCGCGUCAACGAAAUUGUACAGCAUGAAAAGUUCAAUUACUCCAAUGUGGAUUACGAUUUCUCUUUGCUGCGUCUCGAUAAGGAGAUCCAAUUCUCAGAGAAUAAAAAGUCGGUCAAGUUGCCGGGAGCGAGUGACGAAUUCAUGGAUGGCGAUAUUUGCUAUGUGACCGGCUGGGGUAAUACGCAGAAUGAGAGCGAAUCACGGCAAUGGUUGCGGCAGGCUGAGGUGCCGAUCUUCAAUCAGGAUCUCUGUUCCGAGAAGUACAAACAAUUUGGUGGCGUUACAGAGCGUAUGAUUUGCGCUGGAUACCUCGAAGGUGGCAAAGACGCUUGCCAACGCAACUCGGGUGGUCCGCUGACCAACAAAGAUGGUGUGCUGGUGGGUGUGGUGUCGUGGGGUUAUGGUUGUGCCAGACCGGAAUACCCCGGUGUGUACUCGCGUGUGCAGUAUGCGCGCGAGUGGUUGCGGCAGCAUAGUGGGGUUUAGCGUACGUUUAUGAAAUUGUAAAUUGUUGUAAAAAUGAAUUAAAUAAGACGAAAAUAAG